UGUACUCUGUUUUUCUGAAUCGCCAAAUUUAUGUUUCUGCAAAGAUAUCCAAAUUUCGACGGAUACCGUACAAGACAUUCUGACCGCUGCAAUCAUUUUCCAACUGGUCGAAGUGCAGGAAGCCUGUUUGGAGUUCUUGAAGCAGCGACUACAUCCAGUCAAUUGUUUAACUGUAUUGCGGCUAGCGGAGCGACUUCAGAAUGACGACCUUCUGGAAGUUUCUCUACUCUUUGCAGCACAACACUUCAGUCAACUGGAACAUAAUGAGGACUUUCUCAUGCUGGACAGCAAUUUGUUCACCAGACUCAUUUCUUCUCAAGAGUUUAACGGUUUGGAGGACGAUCGCCUUAAGUCAAUCGUUUCCUGGGCCAAACACGAUGCCACAGGUCGUCUAAAUGUGGCCUCCAAAUUGUGCUGCUAUGUCCAGACUCCGCGGUUGUCCAAAGACUACUUACAACAUCUGAGUCAAGCCAAAGACGAAUGGGAAACUUCUCCUUG